AUGUACGACGACGACAGGCCGCGCCACUCGUACAGAGCAAGAUCCCGCGACCGAGACCGUGACCGAGACUAUGAUCGGGAUUACGACCGAGACUACGACCGAGGGCGAAGUAGCUACCGCCGCAGUUCCAGGUCGCCGCGCCGCGAGCGGGACGAGGGCGACUAUGACUACUAUCGCUCGCGGAAUGACGAUCAGGGCUCUCUGCCCUACGAUGACGACCAACCCGAUUACCGCGGCCGCGACCGUGACCGUGACCGCCGCCUAGCAUCACGGUCGCCUCCUGCCCGUCGAUAUGCGCCUCCUCCCGCCCAGCCAUCGCCGACCAUCGUCGUCCAAGGCCUGCCCAGCGACGCGACCGAGGACGACGUGAUAGACGGCUUCGCGAGCGUUUCGCCCGACCUCAAGGUGUUCAACGCAGACAACAUCAAGACUGUCAGGUUACGCAACAAUGGGCGUGGGCGGACGAUCGCGUUCGUCGAGUUCGCGGACGCCAACGCGGCCGCCCACUUCUUGGAGUUCCACUACCCAUCGCUCGAGUUCCAGCUGGCACACUCACGCGGCGUCAACUCGGAGCCGGUGAGCGUCAGGAUCAACUACAGCUGGAGCCGGGAUGACGAAGGCUACGAGAGGGUCAGGGAGGACAGGCCCAGGGACACGGAGGAUUGGAAGUGCGCUGAGUGCGCCUACAUGAACUACGGCUCAAGAACUCGGUGCCACAGGUGUCGCGCCGACAAACCGGAAGGACAUUUCCGCAGAAGAGAUGAGUCCGCGUCAUACGGACCAAAGCUCACAGGUGAGACGGAUGAGUGCCCACAGCAGCUUCCAUCGCAGUAUAUCGUCAUUCGUGGCCUGGAGCCUUCUGUCACAGAGGAAAUAUUCGCGGAAGGCGUCAAGAAGCUCUAUAUCGAAUCGAAGCCAGAGCCGAAGAAGGAAACACACAACAAGUUGAAAUCGACCGCGCCGACGGCAAGGACAGCCAGCCUGGGUGCCAAGCCAGACUCCCUCCGGCGUGUUUUCCUCGUUCGGGACAAAAAGACCAAUGAUGCGAUGAGAUAUGGGUUUGCCGAGUUUGCCACGCUUGAAGAUGCCCAGGGUGCGAUAGAGAAGUUCAAGGCAUCACCAAAGUUUGCCAUUUCCUCGAAACCAGUGACGGCGGCCUUCAUCCACACCGGCGUCUUCAUACCGCAUAGCGGCCGUGUCACGGACGAAAACAGCAGCUUUCUUUUCCACCCGAUCUACAACAAGGACAUCUUGCUCAAAUACUGGGACAAUCGAGUUUAUCCAAGCAUAUUAAGGGUGUCUUACGACUCAGAUUCGGCCAAGCAGCACAGCGCUGACAACGCAGGAAAAUCCGAAAAGCCUGGCGAUGAGGUGCCUAGUGCACAAGACGCUUCAGCAAAGAAGCUGAAGAAAUUCAAAAUCAACCAGUCUGCGGCGAAGCCUGCCAUGGUCAUGGGCCCGCAAAUGCAGAUGUGGGCGAAGAAGAGAGCCGAGCUCGUUGGACAGGCCCAAGCCCAGGCUGAGCUCGAUGCUCACAGCGCCGCAUCGAGCCCGGCGCCAAGUGAGAAAGGGCGUGGCUCCACGCGCACGCAGGCCAAGGACUCAUACAUCUCAUACAGCGACACUGACAACCUGUCCUGCCUACUGUGUCUGAGGAAGUUCGACUCGCUAAUCGCCCUACGUGAUCACGAAUCGCUGAACAAGGAUCACAUUGCAAAUCUGACAGAUGAAGGCAAGCGCGACGCAGCCGCAGAGAGACUCAGGACCCAGGCGAAACGGCCUCAAGUGGUGACUCUUCGGGUAGCAAAUGUGUCACGGCAGCCGUCAGACCUGAUAUAUACGUCCUACGCCGACAGAGACGAGCUGCAUUGCCUCAUCUGCCAGCGCAAGUUCACCAAGGCCGCGAUGCUCUCCCUGCACGAGCGCGAGAGCGAGAUGCACCGCCUGAACCUGGAGGACCAGAGCAACAUCGACCGUGCGAUAUCUCAGCUCGCCCGUGUAGGCAAAACACCCCGCAAGAUGGUGCCGGCCAAGAACAAGGGCACACAGUACCGCGACCGAGCGAAGGAGCGCAGGCAGGCUUUCAAGCAGCCGAACGCGCCACGCAGAAAGGCACCGAAGGAGGACGCUGCGCCGCCCGCCAAAGAGGCGGAGAAGCCUGCGGCGCCGUCCAAGGGUGCAGCGCUGCUCGGCAAGAUGGGGUGGUCAGCGGGCGAGGGCCUGGGUGCCGAAGGCAGCGGGAGGACGGAAGUCAUCGCUACAGACGUGUACGCCUCCGGUGUUGGUCUGGGUGCCGAGGGUGGCAAACUUGGCGAUGCGGUGGAAGAGGCGGCAAGGAAGACCAAAGAUAAUUACACCGAUUUUGUGGAGGUGACGCGAAACAAGGCGCGGGAGAGGUAUGAGAGGUUGGGAUGA